UACUCAGUACAAUUUCAGACACAGUGUGUACUAAACUUUAUUUGAACAAAAUGUCAGAAUUUUAAUAAUAUAUUCGGUUUAUUUAAGAAAAAUUAACAGUAAAUUCGAAUUUUUAAUCCCUAAAUUUCUUUAAAGUCCUUCACCAUGUCGCUGGGCAGAUUCAUUCAGGUCUUUGAUCGUAGUCCAAUAAAAAGAAGUAUUUCCAUUUUUUUCCGACUUGCAUUUUACAACAUCUGUAAACAAAGUACAAAGACUUUGCUAUAGCAAAAAAUCGGAUUCCGACUCUUCCGAAAAGAAAGAUAAUCCUUGUGAAGAGUAUAACAAAAUUCUUGAGAAGCGCAAUGAAGCGAAGAAACGGGAACAGACACGAAUGCAAAAGGAAACUGAUGCAAAAGAGCUUAAGGCCCAUGAGUUGAAAUGUAUGGAACAGCACAAGAAUGCAUGGGCGAAAGAAAUGGAAUGUUUGAAUAAAAAAGAUAAGAAGUUAAUGGAAAGUAUGAUGGAGUGUUUAUCAAAUGGCAUGAGAAUCGUAUGCAAAAAAAUUGCUCAGAAAAAGUUGAAUAAUGAGAAAAAGCUUGAAAUGAAGUGUAAAGAUUUGGCUAAAAGUGCGAGGAUCAUUAAUAUGUUAAAGCAGUGCGACAAGAAGAAAUCUGAGAAGGAGAGUAAAAGUAGUGAGAAAGAUAAAAAACCAACAAAAGAAAAAAAACAAGAUGUGAAAUCAAAAGUGAAAAGCUCGGAGAAAAAAAAGAAUGUAAAAAAGGAAAAAAGUAAAUCUAAUCAUAAACCAGAUAAGAGUAAGUCGAAAGAAAAGAAAGAACAGAAGAAUACAAAAAAGAAGUCGAGUAAACAAGGUGAGAAAAAAGAAAUAAAGGGAAAGAAACCAAAACGUGAGGGCAAGAAAAAAUCAGAAACUAAAAGCUCAACCAAAAAAGGUCCAAAGAAUGAAAAGGUAAAGAAACAUAAGGAACAAGAAUGUGAGGAUGAUAAAAAAAUGCAAAAGAAAGGUGCGAAGUCCAUUAAAAAGAAAGAAAAACAAAAGAAAAAUAAAACCAAGAAUGCUGAUCAAAAGGCAAAGGAUGAAAAGGUAAUGAAAAAGAAACAUAAGGAACAAGAAUGUGUGGAUGAUAAAAAAAUGCAAAAGAAAGGUUCGAAGUCCAUUAAAAAGAAUGAAAAACAAAAGCCUCAUAAAACCAAAAAUGCUGAUCAAAAAUUGAAGAAAGCUGGUAGUCCAAAGUUGAAAAAGAAGGAAAAGUUAAGAAAAGGCAAGGACCGAGACGAUGAAUGCAUGGAAGACAGUAAAAGUCAAAAGAAAUCUACUAAAUCAAUAAAAAAGAAAGUUAAAGAACAAGUUAGUAAAAGCAAAAGUUCCGAUAAAAAAUUGCAAAAGGCAAAACCGGUUAGUAAAAAGUCCGGAAAGGGGAAGAAAAACAAGGAAAAAAGCCAGAAAGAUAAACAGAAGUCAAAGAAAGAUAAGAAACCAUCUAAGACUAAGAGCAAAGGUACCAAGGAAAAAGAUCAGAAAGUAAAGUCAGUUAGUAAAAAAUCUGGAAAGGAUAAGAAGGAUAAGAAACCCCGCAAGGACAAAUGCGAGAAAGAUAAGAAAAAGUCCAAGAAAGAUGCGAAACCAAUUAAAAAUAAAGAUCAGAAAAGCAAAGAUGGUAAAAAAAGAUCGCAGAAAGUAAAGUCUGGUAGUAAAAAUGAUCAUAAAAAGAAACACAAUAAGAAAAGCGAGAAGGACAAAGGCUUGAAAGAUACAAAAAAAUCGAAGAAAAGUACGAAACCCAUAAAAAGCAAGCUAAAAGAGAAAAUUCAGAAAAGCAAAGACAUCAACAAAAAACCGCAUAGUACAAAAGUCAGUAAAAAAACAAAAGGCACAGACAAAGCCUGUAAGAAAGGUAAGAAAGGAAAGGGAAACGUGAAAUCAAAUCCUCUUGAUGAAAUAUGUGAGUCUUUGCAAAAUGAAAAAAAUGUGUCUUCCGAAAAGGGCAAAAGUCGAUAUUUGCAAAAAUUAGAAAAGUGUAUGAACAGUCAAUGGGCCGAUAUUUGUAGAAUUCGUAAAAUAUUUUCAAAAGAAGAGCAAGAAAGACUUGCACGUGCGCAUGACUGUCUUUCUGAUCAGAUCAAGGCAAUUUGUAAAAAAACAAGUCUUAAAUGAAAUGUGUAAGGAAUCGGGACAAGAUAAGAUUAACAAGAGAUAUGAGAGUAUUGGCGGAAAGCCGACUAAGAAGUCGAGUAAAAAAGAAAAGAAAGGCAAGACAAAAAAGUCAAAGAAAAAUAAGCCCGAAAAGCAGAAUGGUGAAAUGGAGUUAAUACGGGAAAAACUAUCGAAGGAAAUUGAGCAAAUUAAAGAAGAUGAAGAAGCAUUUAUUAAAAAAGAACUUGAGGAUCAGGAAAUUAAAUGUUUUCAACAAUUAUGCAAAGAAGAGGAACUAAGAAAAAAGUGCGAAAAACAAAAAAAAAAGGAGGCUCUUAAAAAAAAAUGUGAAGAAGCACAAAAAAAAGCGGCUCUAAAAAGAAAACGUAAAAAGGAGGCCGCUCUGAAAAAAAAGUGUAAGGAGCAAGCGCUAAAAAAAAAAUGUAAAAAGCUUCAGGAAAAAGAAAAAAAAGAAAAAACUUGUAGUAAAGAAUCUCUUAAGAAGAAGCAAAAAACAAAGAGUGGAAAAUCGCUGAAAAAGAAAGUGCAAGAAAGUACUCAGAAAAAGAAAAGUCAAAAAUCGAAAUCUUCAAAAAAAGAAUACUAAAAAGGAGGCUCCAAAGAAAAAGAAUGCGAGCCAAAAGAAAGUAACAGAAAAAGGAAAGGAAAAAGAUUCAAAAUUAAGCGCUGAGGAUGAGGCCCUUGUGAAAAUGUGCAAAGAAGUACUUUCAAGAGUCCAAAAGAAAGCUUUAAACAAGAAGCAGAAAAAGAAUUCAAAACAAAACAAAAAUAAAAAACCCAAAUGUAAUGGAAGUAAGAGCAAGUAAUAUAUCCUCGACACCAUGUGCUUUUUCUGAACAUAUGUAAUUUACAACGUUAAAUUAUUAAUAAAUUUAAAAUAAGUAUUCAA